AGAUUGUAAGUGCGUACGAGUUGCUGAUUUGUUGCGGUGUAGUAGUUUAGAUUUAUAGUAAUUAAUGAUGGAAAUUAGUUGCACCUAUUUGGUUGUGGGCGGAGGGAUUGCGGGAGUUUCUUGUGCAGAGACAUUGGUGUUUCUGGCUGAUUCAAAGGAUAGUAUAAUUUUGAUAACCGAGUCAUCGUUGGUCAAGGCUGCUACCAAUCUGAUACCACUGGGAAAGGUUCUAACCCGUUUCGAUGUGCAGGAGAAGUCGGCCAAGAGUUUGGAUAGAAAUAUUCGAGUAGUAGAAGAUCAGCUGCUGAGUAUAGAAAGCAAAAGUCACUUCAUCAGGACCGUGAAUGGAAAUAGAAUCACCUACAGUUAUUUGUGCAUUUGCACCGGAGCGCGUCCCAAAUUGAUUGAGCAAGCCAAGGGUAGUCCGCACGUGAUUGGUAUUCGGGACACCGAAUCGGUUCAGGAGUUCCAAAAACGGGUUAAGAACGCGACUCGCCUGGCCGUGGUCGGAAAUGGAGGAAUCGCUUCGGAACUGGUGUACGAAAUAAGCGGCAUCGAGGUCCACUGGAUUAUCAAAGACGAAUACAUCAGCUCAACGUUUGUCGAUUCCGGUGCCGCUCGGUUCUUUCAGGAACGGUUAACUACCAAAGGGGAGAAGAAAUCGAUCGUCAAGAGGAUGAGAUAUUCGGAAGAAAAAGGCGAAUCUAGUGGAAAUAAGCGGGGAGCUGCUCUUGGUCCCGAUUGGCAUCGGACUGUGGACAUUUCGGGGAAGCUGGAGAACGUUCCGGAUGCGGUAAAAAUACACUACAAGGUUGAGGUCGAAGAAAUUGUAGAAAAGAAAGAAGGGUGCCCUUUACAGGUCAGGCUGUCCAAUGGCGAAAGCAUUGAAUGCGAUUUUGUAGUUUCAGCAACGGGAGUGGUGCCCACAAGGAAUUUCACAUGUGAUCAAGAAUUCCAGCUGGGGCCAGAUGGAGGUCUUCUCGUCGACUGGGAAAUGGCUACCUCUGUCGAGAACGUUUAUGCGGCUGGCGAUGUUUGCUAUGCUGGUUGGGAACAUGCCAAACACUGGUUCCAGAUGCGGUUGUGGACACAAGCUCGUCAGAUGGGAGCAAUGGCUGCUAGAGCAAUGGCAGCGAAACGAGCCGGAGAGACGAUAUACCAGGAUUUUUGCUUUGAGUUGUUCAACCAUGUUACGACAUUAUUUGGAUACCAGGUGGUUUUACUCGGCCGAUACAAUGGGCAGGGAUUGGACGAUAAGUAUGAGAUACUGCUGAGGAUGACACCGGGCCUAGAAUACAUCAAGUUUAUCAUGGUCGAUGGUCGACUUCAGGGAGCGAUGUUGAUCGGAGAGACGGGACUGGAGGAGACGAGUGAGAACCUUAUUUUGAAUCAACUAGACCUAGCACCGUAUGGAGAAGACUUGCUGGAUCCGAAUAUUGAUAUCGAGGACUAUUUCGACUAGCAUUAGGUCCAGUGAAUAUAUUAAUUUCCGUAAAUAUAUCAAUUGAGA